AUGUCAUCAGCCGCAAAGCACAAUGUGAUUGCUAAUCCCCACCCCAACGUCAAACCCCAACAUCCGACCCACAUUUGUUCAUCCUCCGCCGCUGCAGCACCUGCAUCGCGCUCUUUUUUUGACCCCUGGAACUCGUCGUCGACAGGCCACCAGCGAGCCGAGAAUCGCCUCUCGGGAUCGACGUCGUGGCGCGAAUCUCGCAAUCUGAAGCUGGGGGAGCAGUACAGACGCGGUCUGGGUGGUGGGGAAAGAGUCGCAGACACUGUCGGCGCGGGGAGUACUGAAUUUGGGAAAGGCGGGCGCAAGGAGAAUGGAUUGUGGGAGAAAGGUGCGAAGGGGUUAAGGGAGGGUGGUCAGAAGAGUUUGGCGGAGGUUUGGGGGAAGAGGAAGGCAGGGAGGAGGAAUACUAUAGCUGGGGAGAAGAGUGGAAAGUUGGAUUCGGGAAUGGGUGAGUGGAGGCUGAAGCCUGAGCCCGAAUUUCCUGUCGAAGACGCGGAGGGCAUAGAAGAUGAGAACCCCCCUGAUUCGAAUCAAACCUCGGUAUCUAUACCACUACACAGGCAAAUAUUCGAUGGGCUCUGCUUCUACCUCAACGGGUCUACCGCACCCCUCGUCUCAGACCACAAACUCAAACAUCUCCUAGCAGAAAGAGGAGGCAAGUUGUCUAUUGCCCUUGGCCGACGCAGUGUUACCCACGUCAUCCUAGGCAGGGCAAGCAGUGCAGGCGGUGCAGGCGGUGGUCUCGCCGCCACUAAAAUCCAGAAGGAAAUCACUAGAGUCGGGGGCAAGGGCGUGAAGUUUAUCGGCGCAGAAUGGCACGCCGAUCGACGAUUGCCCGAAACCCGAUUCUCGACGCUUAAGCUGGCGCCCAAAGGCCAGAAUAGCGUUUAUGGACUGUUUUACGCUGCCAAGAGUAGGGGAGAGGGGAGAGAAGGGGCAACAAAGGAUUGA